AUGAUUGGGGAGCAUUUAUUUAUUCAUGCCAUUCAAAAUCAAAGUUUUGAAUGUCUUUCUUGUGAAAUAAAAUUAGAAGAAUACUCUUUAUUUGAAGAACAUGUUAAACAAUUUCAUUUAAAUGAGUUAAACGAGAAGGAUGAAUUGACUGGGAAAGAACAACAAAAAAUUAAGGAUAGCAGCGAGGAAUACACCAAUAAAAAUUUACUUUCCUCCAGUGAAUAUUUGAAUAAUGAUAAUAAUAAUAAAGGGAUCACAUCACAAGAUCAACAAAAUUUGUCUGAAAACAGUUCUGAAUUUGCAAUCAAAACGAGUCGGUUAAUUAAUAAUUGGGAGAUUGUGAUUCUAAAAAUUUAUUGA